GCUCUCUCCAGACAGAACUCUCCCUUUUCUGAGAUCACACCAGUACCGUCGCCGCCACAAUGUCUCUGUGUAUGUGUGGCGUCGCGGGGCGUUUGCCCACAUUAGACUUAGCAACGCAAGCUUGACAUUACACUGAGUCCGUUGCGCACUUCAUGGAAAGUCUUUCAAAAGGCGCCGUAGGCUUCAGUAUGGUCUCGUAUAACGUGGGGUCGGUUUCCUACACUGGGUGGUUGAGGAAAGCGCUCCGGCGAUUGGGCCUUAUAACAGACGAGCUGGUAGUAUGUGGGUUGCUAAACUUGUCAUUGAGUUCAAUGUCUUGGCUAUGGACGUCAGUCGACGACUACUGCUUGGUGGCAUCGGACAGCUCAGAAAAGUCCUUUAGUUCAACUCGUCUUAUUGAUGUCAUCUCCCUCACGUGGGUGCUGGAUUUGCCUAGACCACGCUUCUCUCAGAGAAGAUGCGCUGUGAGUGCGUCUAGCUCCAACGAGAAUCCGCCGCAGAAAGUAGUUCAAGGUCCGGAUAGAGCAGCCCUAAUGCCUUCCCGUCGGACCCUCCACGAGGAAGCAUAUCCCCAGAACCUUGGUCAGGACAAAUUUCGUCUCGCAUACCCGCCGGAACCCCGCUACAUAUCACUUGAUACAUCUAGAUGGAUACGCUCUAUCGUACAUUCCACCACAGAUCCUUUGAAUUACGACCAAGAAAGAAUGUGUGCCGGGGCAGGACGUCUCUUAUUCCUGUCGUCUAUGGGCUGAGCACGUCGAUGCUCGGGCAUCGCGCAAGUCAAGCUGUACGUGGACAAACAAGUUUGAAGGAUGCCCGGAUCUGGCGGAUAACAAAUGGCGAACGGGCAUUUGUAGCGCACGCAGGACUUGGUCACCGAUCGGUGAAAAUUGAUGUAUGGAAGUGGUGGUAUGCAGACAAGUAUUCGAAGAGGGCAGCGAAUUACUCGUCUAAACUGACGAAUAGUGUGACAGUGCAGGUCUAGAAACUUCUGACGGCAGUGCGGACUCGGAUUAUCUGGUAUGAGUCCCAGGUUACAUCCUACCAUGAACGGAGGCUCUCACGCGGUUGAAGACGCUCGAAUGUGUGUGGCAGCCUAUCAAUUUC